AUGAUGGCAUCGCGUAUCAAUUUGGCCACUAGGGGAAUCAACUGUGAGACGGAGUACGGCAGACAUAUGGAAGAUCUUUCGAGGCGUAUAUUUACUGAGCCACCUCGAACGACUCAUUCGAAAAAUCUGAAAGUUGUGCGAGUGAUGUCGGAGGAGCCUUUGGAGCAGCAGCCAUUUAAAGCGCUUGAUUAUUAUCCAAAUCAGCCGAUGUUUCACUAUCUUACGAAGAUGCUGCGAUUUCAUGGACUUUAUUUCGAUGAGCAUGUUGUUUGGCGAGAUAUACAGAAUCGCCUCAAAAUAGCUCGCGGGAAACUACUCUAUCCGCCGAUUGGACAAGGCAAAAGAGCUCAGUUACGAGGCGAUGUGAAAUGA